UCACCGUAACAGAUCGCCGAGCACCGUUCUUACGCGCGCGCAGUCCUCGUCUCAACCGCUCGACACGACUUCAGCACCGUGUCCGUCCGAUCAGCCGUCACGAUGAACGGUCCGAAACAGUUGGUAUUUUUAGCCGCGGUGUUGCUGUACGGGCGACAGUCGAUCGCCUGGCCCGUGUACCAGGAGGAACACUACGAAGGACUUCACGAGCACCACCACGGUCUACCGCCGGCCACGUCUUACGCCACCAUAUCCACGACACACGUCAACGUGCAGCACCCGCCGGCGGCGCCCACCAAGUACGCGACCCCGUACAAAUACGAAUAUCUGACGCAGCCGCAGAUGACGUACAAGUACAUAUCGUUGCCGUCCGCCGUGGCCCUGCAGCAGUCCGGUAAGUUCGAAGAGCCGUCCACCACGGGUUACAAGUACCUGGCCGCGUCGCCCACGUACAAGUACGUGCAGCCGCCCGCGGUGACCACCGAACCGGAGGCUGCCGAGGAGCCGACCAACUCGCUCAAGUACGCGCUCAAGUUCGAACAGAACUCGUUCAAACAGGAACAGCAGCAACAGCAACAGCAGCAGCAGCAGCAGGAGUACGAACAGCCGGCCGUGCAGUACAAGUACAUCGCGGUGCCGUCGUACAAGUACGUGCAACAGGCCACGGUGCCCGAGUACGGCCAUCACCAGCUACAGGCCGCGGCCUUGGCUUACGAUUACACCGACGACAAACAAUAGAACUGACGACGACGCCGACCUAACCACCGGCCGUCGACAUUUCGAAUGCGAUACAUCCACGGCUCGAGCUCACCUCGGUUCACGUACACCGUUGCAUCACCGACACGGUAGAUUAUAAUUUUAAGUCGCCGCCGUCGACAGUGACCAAUUUCCACCUCCUCCUCCCCCCCCCCCCCCCCCC